ACAUCUCCAUUAAUAUCUAUCCACUAUCACCUACUAUAGUAUGUCAUUUUGAUGGAUUGUCAUUGUGCAUUCGUGAAUCUGUGCUCGGUGUUCCUUAUCAACCGAAAUGCUAUGGAAUACGAAAAGUGCAAUGAAUGCAGAUGCCAGGGACUGAUAGGAGACCCCUCGGGACGGGCACUCAGUAUCAUUAUCAUGGCGUUAGUAGCUGCCCGGACACGAGCCCGAGAGAGACUCGAUUCGAAAGCAGAACGCAGACUAUAUAUCAGGAAUUAUAAUGCAAAGCCAGACGAACCUGAACUGGGGCAUUGCGGCGGCGGGCAGGAUAACGCAGGACUUUGUCACUGCCCUGAGCACUAUUGAGAAAUCCCGGCAUGUUGUGGUAGCUGUGGCGGAUGUGGAUGGCCAGCGGGCCCAAGAGUUCGCUCAGAGAAACCAGAUCCAGCGCCACUACGAUGGAUUCGAUGCCUUGGCCCUGGAUCGAGAGGUGGACGUGGUAUAUGUGGGCACCCUAAAUCCCUUUCAUCAUGCCGUCGUCCAUCUGAUGCUAUCCAGGGGGAAGCAUGUUUUAUGUGAAACCCCCAUGUGCCUGGGACUGGACCAGGCCAAGGAGCUUUAUGCUGUGGCAGAGCAGCGCGGAGUAUUCCUCAUGGAAGGUAGGAUUUCCAUUUUACGGUCUACCAAACUAAAUUAUUCUUCAAUUCUAGGCAUGUGGUCACGAUUUUUUCCCAGUUACGAUCGCUUGAGGGAGCACCUGAACAGCGACAUUAUCGGAGAGGUCACUCAGGUGAAGGUCCAACACGGCUUUCGCCUGAGUCACAUGGACCGGGUCUGCAAUCGCUCUCUUGGCGGCUCCAUUCUUCUGGACAUUGGCAUCUAUGCUCUGCAGCUGGGUCAGUUUGUCUUCGGAGUUUCGCCCGUCAAAAUUCUGCCCAGUGGCACGCAUCUAAAUAAAGAGCGAGUGGAUGUUCAGGGUGAGUUCAUGCUUGAUUAUGGAGACGGACGGAGACUUACGGCUUUGGUGACUGGACUGGAGAAUCUGGAGAACGAUGCCGUCAUUACGGGCACCAAAGGCGAGAUUAAGCUGUCGAACUACUGGUGCUGCACCCAGAUGACCCGUACGAAUGGCCCGCCAGAGUCUUGGCCUUUGCCCCAAGCCAAAUUUGAUUUCCAUUACACAAAUACCUGUGGCCUGAGGUACGAGGCAGAGGAAGUGCGUCGCUGCAUUGAGAAGCGUCUGCUGGAGAGUCCGAAAUUCACGCAUGCCGAAAGUCUAGAGUUGGUUGCCAUAACGGAUGAGAUGCGUCGGCAAAUUGGAGUCACCUACGAUAACUGAACUGUGGGGGGUUCAUUUCUUUUUUUACAAAAACAAAAAUUAAAAAUGUUUAGAUUAAGAAAAGGUUUUUUUAGGGAAUGUUAGUAGUACUUCAAAUUGAUAUUAUUUUAAACUUGAAUAAAAGA